AUGGCGGGCGACACAGACAAUUUUACCCCUUUGAAAUCAUCGAAACUCAACGAGUCAAAACCACAACAGCAGCAGCAGCAACAAUCUCAACGGUCAAAAUCAUCUUUAUCAACCAAAGGGAAACGCAACAAUGUGGUAAAGGAUAAUAAUGUUUCAGCGGAACCUUCAACCGUUAAAGGAGCGGCAUCUCCCCUUCGAGUUACCACAAUAUUGUCUCGUGCGAACAAAAAUUCUAUUAUUAAUAAUUCUAAUUCUAGCAGUAACACCCGUGGUGAGAAUACUGAUGUUGAUAAAAUGGAGCAAAUUUCGUCAUUAUCGAACGACAGCGUAAAUAACAGUCAGAGAAAAGCAAAAGCGAGCCCAUCUUUCGCUUCUGGGACUCCAAAUCGACGAAGACAUCAAUAUAACGAUUCGGUUGACGAUCCUUCCAGUAAGAAAGUAAUUGCAAUCCUACAAAGACCCAAAUCUUCCACAGAUCUCGUGAAUUCCGCUGUCAACAAUGUUAAUACCAAUAACACCAAGAAAUCUCUCGAGACCCUUCGAGAAGUAGCGAAUAAUGACGUUAAGAGUGACCGUCAACAGCAACAACGUCGUUCUUCACCCACCCAACAAAAUCGACGAACUAUCAUUCCAAAUGCGGAAAGAUCUACUGUUACACGUCGUAGUGAUAUUCCUUCUUCGAAAGCGAAACGUGUUCAACGUCGUAAGGAAAUUAAAUUAAUGGUUGAAGCUAUCGAUAACAACGACGUGACUCUGAGUGUUAGUCCUCCACAAUCAGAAGAAAGUCCAUCUCUUCAACAACAAUCUCUCCACCACCAGAUGGAAACUCCAACCGAUGUAAAUAGUAUCACCAUAGAUUCAUACAAGAAUCGAAUUCCUAAUUCACCAACACAUGACGUUGACUUUAUUCUCACCAAGUCGCCUUCUUUCCCAGCACUUUCCGCCCCCAAAAAUGAUCUCAACAAUAACGAAAUCUCUUCUCUCGUUGACAUUAACUCGAACGUCACGGAUGACAGCCUUUUCGAAAGAUCUUUGAGCAAGAACUUUAAGCGACAUUCUGAUAAUUUUGUGAAAUUUAACAAUGACGUGCCUAUUCCGAAUAUUGUAUCCCGUCGUCAGUCGAGUACUGCUAUCGAGUUGCAGAGCCAAAUCGCAGAUUUCGCGGAAUAUGCUAACACGCAACGUCCUUCGUCAGCUUCUGCUAAGCCAUCUAGUAGUCCCUCAAAAAUGCUCACCUCGAAGCUUUACGCCGGUCCCGAAUUUCAUAAUUCGCCAGCGCCAAGUGAUUUGCCAUUACCUUCCUUUAUUGCUCGCUCUACUGAAUCUCCUGAACUUCCGUCAUCCAGAACAAUUACUCCUCCACUGACCAACAGUGGUAAUCGCUCUGAAGAUGAGAACAUGUUUGUCAUGGAUGACGACGAUUAUUUGGCGAAAGAUAAUGCUUCCGAGGGAUUGCCUUCUCCGAUGUGUUACAAUAUUCCCGCGAGAAUGAACACCGCUCGACCAUUGAUUGUAUAUCCUAGUUAUCCGAAUGGUGCUAAUUUGAUUGAGAUUUCGGAAAGUAUCAGAAGCAUGCUUAAAAUCCAGUAA